GUGGUGCCUGAACCACGGCGCGCCUGGCAGCGGAUUGUAUCGUGGAGGUUCGGAAGACCUUGCCUUGGAAGUCAAACGGUUCAUUCCUGGACUCCACCGCAGGACAGGUUCGUAAGCGCGUAGUGGUGUGUGUGAAUCUGAAGGAAAGUUCAGGGUUGCAAUCCUCUGACUGCAACUUCAGGGAGUUUCAAGUGGAAAGCUCUACAUGUUGGUGCAAGCCUUGGAACUUUGGAAUAGAGAGAGGCAUUAUUGUAACUGUGGUUGGUAGCUUUUUCCUGCACCAGAUUCAUGGUUAGAGCAGGACAGACAUAUUCCGAACGCCUAGCGGUGACUAGCCAGGGUUAGUGGGCGCAACAAGUUUUAAAAUUUCAAGUUGCCUCAAUGGCAAGAAUGAGAGGCGGUGGAGAUCUUGCAGAUUGCAAUUCCCGCGGUCUCCUGUAUUAUGUCGUAGUACUAUGUUUCAUUACCGCCAAUGCCCAGGGUCCUGGUGGGAAGAAGACGUGGAUUAUUUCGAUGAAAGACGAUGCAAAACAGAUCAUGGGAAUUUCCGACCUGAGUGUCCAAGAUCAGCAUGUUUCUAUAUUGGAUACUGUGCUGGGGUUUGGAUCCGACUAUCUCAAAGUACAUGACUUUGAUGCUUGUUUCGAUGGAAUGGCCGUCGUUUUGAGUGAUGAGCAGGCCGCAGCGCUGAAAUCAAAUCCAUUAAUUAGGUCUAUGGAGUUAGACGAAAUUAUGUACGUGAGCACGACACACUCGCCCGACUACAUGCUACUCCCUAUUGCCGGUGGCGCUUGGAAUAAAUCUGGAGGCAUCCACAAUGCCGGUGAGGAUAUUGUAAUUGGCGUCGUCGACACUGGGAUUUAUCCUGACCAUCCAAGCUUCGCAGCCGAUGAUGGCGUUAAACCGUAUGGUCCACUUCCAACUUUCCUAGCCAAAUGUGGGACCGAUUCGCGUGUUCCUGGUGGAUUCUGCAACGGAAAGAUAGUAGGAGCUCAACAUUUCUUUGAUGGCGCACUCGCGUCCGGGACGAUGAACAACUCCGAUCCUGAUGCGCUCAGCCCCUUGGAUGCUAACGGUCAUGGAACGCAUUGUGCUGGAACUGCGGCAGGGAAUUAUGGAGUACCAGUCCUCGUCCAUGGUGUUGACUACGGCACGGCCAGUGGCACUGCCCCACGAGCACGGAUUUCAGUCUACAAGGCAUUGAAUGCAGAAGGUACAGGAAGGUCCUCCGACAUCAUCGCUGCUAUCGACCAGGCUGUCAAGGAUGGUGUGCACAUACUCAGUUUGUCACUCGGCGGCAGCACACCAAGUGGGAAUGUUACCUAUACGAAUGGUUUGUCUAUGGCGUGCUUGGGAGCUGUCAAGGCUGGUGUGUAUGUUGUACACGCCGGUGGAAAUACAGGACCGGAACCUUCUACCGUAGUAUCAUACAGUCCGUGGCUGACCACCGUUGGUGCUACCACAAUGGAUCGUUCUUACCCUGCGUAUUUGUACACAUCCGAUGGACAAAGCUACUCCGGUCUGGGACUCACUCUUGGCACACCUGGUACUACAAAUUAUGCAUUGGUCAGAGCGGCUGAUACAGUGGCGUCUCAGGCGAACUUGAACCCAGACUUUGACUGUGACGAUGCUACAUUGCUUAACAAGAAACUAAUUCAGGGGAAGAUCCUCAUUUGCACAUUCUCUGGGAUGAUCGAUGGAUUAAAUCCCUCGAUUUCAUCUCGUAUCGCGGCGAAGGCGACGGGAGCAGUAGGACUGGUGCUGGUGGACGGUCGUGUGUUCCUUGAGACAUAUAGUCCAGGGUCUUUAAAUUUCUUGAACUUUCCAAGCAUCAUGAUUAAUGGAAAGACAGCCCAGCUAUUCGCACAAAGCUUUCAAGCCGGUCUUACUGGAAGGUUGAGUGGCGGAGGCAAGGCUGAGUUUACAGGAUUACCUCCUAAGGUUGCUACAUUUUCUAGUCGUGGUCCCAACGUGUACGAAGGUUUUACGGAGGUGUCACCCACUAGUCAUCCCGUAGCUGAUGUGCUGAAGCCCAACAUUGUAGCACCAGGCGUGGAUAUUUGGGCCGCUUAUUCUCCUCUCCAAACUGAGAAGGUGAAUUUUCAAGGGCAAAAGUGGGGCAUGAUAAGUGGCACAAGUAUGGCGACUCCACACCUCGCAGGAGUAGUGGCCCUUGUUAAGCAAUUCCACCCUGACUGGAGUCCUUCCACCAUUGCGUCCGCGCUUGCUACCACUGCGAUUUUCUUAGAUAGCCUCGACAAUCCCUUGGUUGCGUAUGAUCAGGAACACGAUAUAAACACAGAUACGAAGCGGCUAUUCAAGCGACCCGGUAACGCAUUCGACUUUGGUCACGGCUUUGUGGAUUCCUGGGCUGCCCUCGAUCCUGGUCUAAUCUUUGACGCAACUUAUACCGACUACGUCGACUUUUUAUGCUCCGUUGGAUCACUUAGUCCUGCGUCUGUUCAAGCAGCCUCUGGAGCAACCUGCUCUCCUGGGAUCCACAAGUCUACGGAUCUUAACCUCCCGAGCAUCACUAUCGGCAUUCUGACAGGCACCCUGUCUGUUCCACGGGUGGUAACCAAUGUCGGUCCUCUUGAAACCUACACUGCGGUGAUCUUUAAUCCUACUGAUGUGGAGGUCUCGGUUGAUCCUCUCACUUUUACCAUUUCUCCUGGGAAGACGCAAUCGCUCACAGUUACUCUGAAAGCUCUCAAGAAUGCAGUGUAUCUUAAUCAAACAAGUUUCGGAAGGAUCGAGUUGACUGGAAGCUGGGGCCAUAGGGUGAAAGUUCCAGUGACUGUGACCUACAAACAGACGUCGUAAGACAAGAGACAUAAGUAGAGCACCACACUUUUUGAAUUCGAGAUUCCAUUGAUUUAGUUCCUCGGAGAUCUUCCCUUCGUAUCAUUGACCACUCAAGCUGUGGCGAGUGCAUUAGUUGUGUCUUGAUUGGGCUCCACUAUUCGGUAAUCGGAGUGGGCCAUGGUGUUGGUGAACACAUUAGCAUAGUGCAUGCGUUUCCUGCAACAAGGAGAUGCGACAUUUAGGAGACUCUGGUCCGAAUUCAUCUUCUUACAAAUCAUCACAUGAUGAAAACAUUGGUAAAGAAUCGGUGACGAACAUUCCCUUCUUGCAUUGAUUAGAUCUCGAGUUGUCGAUGCAGGGUGCCAGUUGCAGGUGAUGUAUAGUCGGUUGUACUAUUUUUUUGCAGUAACCUCAUUUCCACCA